GCACAGUAGCUCGAGCUCCAUCUUCAUCGCGCGACUUCUUCCCGCAAGGCUAGGGUUCGCGUCAACUUUCUCCCACACCUUCUUCUUCACCUUCCUUCCUUCUCUCCGGCCGGCGGCCUUCUUUUCUUCACUGCCGUCGGCCGGCCAGCACAGCCCACUCCUCUUCUAGAUUCCAAUCGGCGACGGCAGAAGCAUCACUCAGCAGGACCGGCAGCAAGCUUCAGCAUCAAUUAUCUCCACCUCGCCGGAGAGGGUUUCUCCGGCAAGACAUCCACAUUCCGGCAACCUUCUGGCAGCUUCUCAGUCUGGAGUUCAGACGACAGCAAGAAGGAGGCAGCACGGCAGUCCAUCACAGUCCAGCAAAUUCCAUCCGAGGGGGUUCUUCGUUGGAAGAUUGCAUUCAUCCCAUUGUUGUCGAAGCAAGCAGCAACCAGCGGAGAGAGCUACUGUUCACUGGUUUUUGGGGGUUCCGAAGCCGGGUACUCGUGUGAUGGCGAGGAUAGUCAUUGGCAUUGAAGAAGUCGUGUGGAUUAUGGCUCAUGAAGAAGUUGAAAAGAAUAUCCAAUCAAUAAGGCAAAUGCUUUCAGGGGAUGGAGAACUUGAGCCAAAUCAGGAUCAUGUUUCACAGUUGACACUUGAAAUAUGCAAAGAAGAUGUUAUUGCUUUAUUCAUUCAUAAGUUGCCAACGCUAGUGUGGGAUGCUAGAAAAGAUUUGGUGUAUUGUUGGUCCAUUUUGUUGAGGCAGAAUAUUGAUUCUCACUACUGCUGUGUAGAAUAUCUUGAGAGUCAUUUGGAACUUUUGGAUUUCCUCGUUGUCUGUUACAACAACAAAGAAAUUGCACUGAAUUGUGGUAGCAUGCUGAGGGAGUGCAUCAAAUACCCAACUCUUGCCAAAUGCAUUCUGGAAUCAAAUAGCUUUGAGUUAUUUUUCAAAUAUGUGGAACUGCCUACCUUUGACAUUGCUUCUGAUGCUCUUGCUACUUUCAAGGACUUGCUUACCAAAAACGAAACAACAGUCUCUCAGUUUCUUAUUUCCCAUUACGAUCAGUUCUUUGAGCUUUAUGAGAAGCUAUUGACAUCCCCCAACUAUGUUACCAGAAGGCAAUCCUUGAAGAUUCUCUCGGAUUUCCUUUUGGAAGUCCAAAAUUCACAAACAAUGAAGCGCUAUAUUCAAGAAGUACGAUACUUGAAGAUCAUGAUGGCACUGUUGAAGGACUCAAGCAAAAAUAUCCAGAUAUCUGCCUUUCACAUAUUCAAGGUAUUCGUUGCUAAUCCUAAUAAGCCACGACCGAUUAUUGAUUUCUUGGUAGAAAAUCGUGAAGAGCUGUUGAUUGCACUGCAAAAACUUCCUGCGAGCAAAGGUGAAGAGGAUGAUCAAGUUGAAGAGGAGAAAGGUUUAAUCAUCGAGGAAAUUGAGGCAAUCUCAUCCUUGUCAAAGGCCAAUAAAUAGGUCUGGCGCCCGUCUUAGCAAUACAACCCAUCCCGUUGCAUUUCUUUUUAGUUUGUCAAGUUCGGUUGAUAUUUCUCGUGUCCAUAAAGGUAUUCGUGUUUCACAAAACCUGGUUUGCGAUCAUCAUCCAUGGAAAUGUUGUAUUGUGGGCGAUCAGUAUAACUCGGUAUGAUAUUUUUUGGGGGAAUGCUCAUGUUUAGUUUUUGUUGUUAGCAAAUAUCAUAAUCCUAAAACCUACAAUAGAUAUAAAUGUGUUGUGCUUUGGUAAUGCAGACGAUAUUUCUUGUUUGAGGGUGCCAACUAGUUUAGUUGGCAAGUGUUAAUAAAAAUUGUUGCCAAAA